AUGUCUUCACUGAUGCCUGACAGUUGUAUUUUCCUUCUGCUGGUCGUCCUGCAGCUCGGAGCUCACGCAGUGGAGGGAGUGUGGCCGCUGCCGCAGAAGCUCCUCUCCUCCAGGGAGAGAUACACCCUGGAGCCCCGCACUCUGUACUUUGUUUACGGACGAGAGUCAUCCGCGCAGGAGGGCUGCUCUGUUCUGGAUGCUGCAUUCAAGAGAUACUUCUCCCUUAUCUUUCCUGAAUACACUGCUGGUAGGUUAUACCAUGAAAUCAGUUUGUGAUCAAAGAAAACAGGAUAUAGGAUUGUACCAUUCAGUGAAAAUAAGUCUUUUAUUGUUGAAGUCACUGUUGGCCAUAGUGACUGUGAUGGUUACCCGAAGGAGGAUUCGCCUGAGAAAUACAAACUGAAUAUCACUGAUGGACAAGCAUUCCUGAAUGCUGAAACUGUGUGGGGGGCUCUGAGAGGUCUGGAAACCUUCAGUCAGCUGGUGUAUCAAGAUGACGAUGACACAUAUUUUGUGAAUAAGACCUACAUCAAAGACUUCCCUCGGUUUCAGUUCCGUGGAUUGAUGUUGGACACUUCACGACAUUACUUACCAUUACGGACUAUUUUUAAAACUCUGGAUGCAAUGGCCUACAAUAAGUUCAAUGUGUUUCACUGGCACAUUGUUGAUGACCCCUCCUUCCCUUUCCAGAGUCUGGCUUUUCCAGACCUUUCCAGAAAGGGGGCUUUCCAUCCGAUGACUCACAUCUACACUCAGUCAGAUGUGAGAAAGGUGAUCUCAUAUGCCAGGAUGCGAGGAAUAAGGGUCCUUCCUGAGUUUGAUUCGCCAGGCCACACCAAAUCUUGGGGGCAAGGCCAGCCUGAUCUGCUGACACCCUGCUACACCGGGAACACCCCGACAGGAAGUGUUGGCCCAGUUAACCCAGCAUUACCCUCCACAUACAAGUUCAUGUGGGCACUACUUAAGGAAGUGACGUCAGUGUUUCCUGAUUCCUACAUCCACUUAGGAGGGGAUGAAGUGAACUUCUCAUGCUGGAAAUCAAAUCCUGAUAUACGCACGUUCAUGCAGAAGAUGGGAUUUGGAACCGACUUUGCAAAACUGGAAGGCUUCUACAUCGAGAACAUUGUGAACAUCACCUCUGCACUCAACAAGACCUCAAUAGUGUGGCAGGAAGUGUUUGAUAACCACAUACAACGCAGCUCUCUCUCAGUGGUGGAGGUAUGGAAAGCCGGCUGUUACUUGUGCAAAGUGCGCAAGGUAACUAAGGCCAGGCUCAGAGUGAUUCUGGCCGCUCCCUGGUAUUUGGACCAGCCACACAACUGGGCCCAUUACUACAACGUGUGGCCCCUCGCCUUCAAGGGCACUGAGGAACAGAAGAAGCUGGUGAUAGGAGGUGAAGCCUGCAUGUGGGGAGAGUAUGUGGACGCUAGCAAUCUCGCUCCACGCCUUUGGCCGAGAGCAAGCGCCACAGCAGAGAGACUGUGGAGUGACGAGAACCAAACAAACAGUCUGGACAAGGCUUUUCCUCGACUGAACGAAUUUCGCUGCAGGUUGCUGAGACGUGGCAUCCAGGCAGAACCGCUCAGUGUCGGGCACUGCAAAUAUGAGUAUGAAGGUAUUUAAACAUGGUAAAAAUGAUCUUGUUUUUCUAGUUUUCAAAGUAUGCUCUCAAAUAUUUUCUCAGGGAUUGACUUUAUUGCCUAUAUUUUAGUUUUUAAUUAUUUUUAUAAUACAUUUUUAUCAA